UGCCGAAAAACCGAAGGCGAAGCGGCAAAAGAAGAUGACACAACACCAAAUGGCCACAGAAAUGAGUCAGAUGACUGCAAAAAAUAUAAAAUUCCUUUUCGUAUACAAUGGAAAGAAAAAUAUCCAUGGUUAGAACGAGACGAGUCCCCUCAAGGAAAAAAGUGCGUAAUAUGCAGUUCACCGAUUGUUGGAAGACUAUAUCACAUCCAGCGCCAUGCAAUUUCCGAGAGCCAUAAAAAAGCAGAGAAGCUGGCCCAAAACACUCCAAAGUUAAAUGAAUUUAUUGCAUCUAAGCGAUCGUUCGACACUACAACCAAAGCAGCAAAAUGCCUGGAGGUAAGACUCAGCUGUUUUGUAGCUGAGCAUAACUUACCAUUCGCGAUGAUGGAUCACUUAAAUCUGCUUUUAAAAAAUACCAUCACGGAUUCGAAAAUCAUUAAAAAAUGGCAGUUAAUAGACUUAAGACUCAAAAAAUUACGCCUUUGCAGUAAUCAAUACUACUCUGUCAUCGUUGAUGAGAGCACGGAUAUAUCAGUAUCAAAAAACCUGGCGGUCGUUAUAAGAUUGUUUGACAAAAAAUGCAUUGAUCGAUUUUUAGAUCUAGUACCCCUAGAGAACAGCAAGAACAGCAGUGCUGAGACCAUUUGCAAUGCCAUAUUGCAAAUCCUUAAAACGAACUCCAUUCCUUCUGAGAAUAUGCUGGCAUUCGCGGCAGAUAAUUGCUCUGUAAUGAUGGGUUCUAUUAGUGGCGUGCAGGCUAGAUUAAAGAAAGUUAUACCAAAUUUGUACGUAAACGGAUGUGUGUGCCACAUAUUGAAUUUAGCGUCUUUUGCCGCCGACGAAACGUUUCCAAAAGAAAUUGAUUUAUUUUUGAAAAAUAUUAACUACCCUUUUUUGUAAUAGUUCUCUUAGAAGAUCUGACUUCCAAAAAUUUCAGGAAUAUUUUGGAACAGAAAUGCAUGUUAUCCUGAAAUUUUACACAACGAGAUGGCUUUGUAGGCAAGCUGUUGUUGAUCGCAUAUUAGAGCAAUGGGAUCCUCUCAAAUACUAUUUUACUUUAUCGAAUUUUGAAAACAAUCAACGUAACGAAAAUGUUUUAAAAAUUAAUGAAAUAUUUUGCACGCCUUUAUAUAAAGUUUAUUACAUAUUUUUAUCUUAUGUACUAAAAAUUAUAAACUGCGUGAAUUUAGAAAUGCAAUCUGAAGAAGCACGCAUACAUGUUUACAUACCCAAACUGAAAUCUUUAAUUUAUCAAAUAGGUAGAAACUUUUUGAAAAAAACGUACUUGGACGUCACUGAAAUAUCGAAAUUAAACUUUAGUGAAGUAAACUGUCUUUCUUUAGACUCAGUUUUUUGCGGCGUUAACGUAGAACUGUUUUUAGAACAAAACAUUUUCGAAGAGAGCGAGAUCAGAGUUUUUAAAAACUAUGCGAAGAACUAUUACAUACAAUUUUGCGCUACAUUAAAAAGUAAAAUUAAUUUUGACGAUGUGGUAUUGUCUUGGGCUGCAAAGUUUGCACCAGCUGAAAUUUUGAGUGGGGAAACAAAUAGCAUCGUACCCCUUUUAAUGCAUCUUUUUCCAAAAAUUGAGGUCAGCAAGCUUGAGAAAAUCAAUACUGAAUAUAGAGCUCUUGCGGAGCACGAAAACUUAAAAAAAUUUAAGAAUUUUAAUAUACGCGAGUUUUGGGAACAAAUUAAAUUAAUUAAAAACGAACUCAACGAUCCGAUGUUUUCAAACAUUUUUAAAAUAGCUCAAGGCAUAUUGUCUAUUCCACAUUCCUCCGCAAAUGUUGAACGUGUGUUUUCUGUUCAGAAUCUAAUAAAAACUAAAUGUAGGAAUAGAUUACAAGUAAAAACCCUCGGUUCUUUAAUAAAAGCAAAAUAUUAUAUCAAAUCUUCUCAAAGUUUUUGUCAUGAUGUAAUGAUACAUACAGAGUCUUUAAACCAAAAUGUGACUUACGAUCUCACAG